AUGAAACAACUUACCUAUGAUGAUUACACCGUGGGGAUUAUAUGUCCACUGGAGGUCGAAAUGACGGCUCUGCGAUACAUGCUGGAUGAAGAACACAUCAGGCUACCGGGCAGGGAUGGUGAUCGCAACAGAUACAUACUGGGAAAGAUGGGGAAGCACAAUGUCGCCGUUGGUUAUUUGCCUCAGGGAUCGCAGGGUAUUGGUGCCGCGGCCACCGUGGCGACAGAUAUGAGAAGAACCUUCUCUUCGAUCUACCUGCGCUUACUGGUGGGAAUCGGAGGAGGAAUUCCCAGUCAAAAGAAUGAAAUUCGUCUCGGUGAUGUGGUUGUGGGUAUGCCAGAUGGUAUCCACGGUGGUGUGGUACAAUACGAUCUGGGAAAGAGGACGGGUGAUGGAUUCGAACGUAAGGGGUUCCUCUGUCCCCCACCCGACGAAUGGAGAACCGCUGUUGUGGAAAUGAAGUCGGAUCAUGAAGCGAAGCCUAACAAAAUUGCCGGAUUCGUAUCACAAAUGUUAGGAGCGUUUCCUAAAUUGCAGAAGUACUCUCGACCGGCUACGAACCAUGACAUCCUCUUUCCGGCCGACACUAAACAUAUUCGCGACAAGCUAACAUGUGACCAGUGCGACAAGAGUCAGAUCAUUCCUCCUCGAGGCUCGACCGGCCCUGAGAUAUUUUAUGGAACAAUUGCGUCAGGCGACACUGUCAUCAAGGAUGCCAAGGUCAGGGACGACUUGAGUAAGGUAUCUGGAGGGGCACUCUGCUUUGAGAUGGAGGCGGCGGGGUUAUCUAAUGGAUUUCCUUGUGUCGUCAUCCGGGGUAUUUGUGACUACGCUGAUUCUCACAAAAAUGACUUGUGGCAUCCUUAUGCUGCAGCGACGGCAGCGGCUUGCGCGAAGGAGCUCCUCACUUAUAUGGAUGUGGUUCCUGCACCAAAGCCGGUUAAAGCGAAGUCGUACUUUUUAGUGCCAAGACUGCGGGUGAAGAACUUCUUUGGCCGCGAAGAACAGCUUAAGCAGGUCACGUCCUACUUCAAAGGCGAUGUGGAGCGACCUCGCCUCUUAGUGCUCCAUGCACUGGGAGGCCAGGGAAAGAGUCAAAUUGCCCUUGAAUAUUGUCAACAAGCGCGAAAAACAUACCAAGGGGUCUUCUGGGUCAACAGCAGCUCUAAAUCUACCCUGACGCAAGCUAUUGUCAGCGUUGGACGCGAAAUCAAUGCAGCAGCAACGGAGGCAUUGGGUGACGACGAUGCGAAGAUCGCUUUUACUCUCCGUACACUCGAACAAUGGGAGGAGCGUUGGCUGAUGGUGUUUGAUAAUUGUGAUGAUCCGACCACUUUCUCAGAUAUCGAGCAGUUUAUCCCUCAAGGUGGCCGAGGGGAUGUUCUCUUCACCAGUCGUCAUCGGGGUCUGGGAGAGUUAGGGCGUAUCAUCGAUAUCCCACCUAUGCCGGACAAGGCCGGUGUCGAGUUGCUUCUGCAUCGAUAUACCGGCAUCGAUGUGAACCAAUAUUUAUCUGAAGGCUCUACCAUCGUGAGACGGCUGGGGGGUCUGGCCUUGGCCAUCGACCAAGCAUCCGCCUAUAUGGCGUAUCAGCAACUACCAGUCGACCAGUUGAGUGAUUUCUUAGCGCGCUUUGAGGCGGAGCGGAAGAAGGUACUUCAGCAUACGGCUGAACACUUUUGGCGAUACAUGAAGAUUGACGAUGAGAAUGGGCGGGGGAAAGCCAUUAAUGCAUUCACCACGUGGGAAAUGUCGUUCCACCAGUUCCUAUCGGCCUAUAAUCCGCCCCAGCUCGUGAAGCACUUUCUUACUCUCGCGGCGUUCUUGGGUCCUACUCGAGUCAGCGAGUCUCUGUUUAAGUUUCACCGAGAGCUGGAGGACCCUCCACCGGACUGGUGCGACAUUUUCACGACUUCCUGUCGCUCAGAGGAUGACAGCUCUUCCAGCGACGCUGAGGAAGAAAUUGACCGCGAAGAGCAAAUAACCCGUGACCGAACCGCGGAGGCUCAAAACACGGGCCCAGAAGGUUCGAAGAAGAUGUGGGUCGCUGAACAUUUUUGGCGUCUCAUCCAGCAGGCGCACCAGAUGUCGCUCUUACAAGAUAUCAUACCAUCGCCACCGUCCAAAGAAGCCAGCUUUCUGCUACAUCCGCUGAUUCGUGACUGGCUGCAGUUACGAUUACGCUCGAAAGAGCGGCAGACGUAUACUCGCGAGGCUGUCGAUGUGGUUGUUAGUUCUAUUCGAACUUAUCGAAACCGGGUUAGCGAUGCCACGAUUAAGCGGUCGAUUCUCCUGCACAUGGAUGCCACUCUCUUGACGAUGAGAGACUUCCUUAAAGAUGGUGCUCGACUGGGCCAAGAUAUUACGAACAGCGACAACGCGGAUUGGUUUGCUUUAUUCUAUCGAGACCAGGGCCAUUUCAAUACCAGUCUCAAUCUAUAUCGUACAGUUAUUAUAACGAGAGAGAGGGUGCAGGGGAAGGAGCAUCCAUCGACGCUGACGAGCAUGAACAACCUUGCUUUAGUGCUGAGGGAUCAGGGAAAGUAUGAGGCGGCGGAGCAGUUGCAUCGAGAGGAACUGGAAGUGAGGGAGAGGGUGCAGGGGAAGGAGCAUCCAUCAACGCUGACGAGCAUGAACAACCUCGCUUUAGUGCUGAGUGAUCAGGGAAAGUAUGAGGCGGCGGAGAAGAUACAUCGAGAGGUGGUGGAAGUGAGGGAGCGGGUGCUGGGGAAGGAGCAUCCAUCGACGCUGAUGAGCAUAGGCAACCUCGCUUUAGUGCUAAGCGAUCAGGGAAAGUAUGAGGCGGCGGAGCAGAUGCAUCGAGAGGUGGUGGAAGUGAGGGAGCGGGUGCUGGGGAAGGAGCAUCCAGACACGCUGACGAGCAUACACAACCUCGCAACUGUGCUGUGUGAUCAAGGCAAGUACAAGGACGCAGAGCAAAUUCAAGCCGUGGUUGUUGUGGGAAUGUUGAGAGUCUUCGGGGUCGACCAUCCUAACAGCCAAACUAGCAUGAGCAUCAUGCUCGACAUAUGGGAACACCAAAGCAUGGAUGAACGUGCUAGAGAACAUGCGCUUCUUACACUCCUUAAUGGGGUGACAGGGGGAACCAAUCCACUGGAACAGGAGGCUCGAUGA